GUGAGUUUGGGCAGCAAACUGUGAGACGGGGCUGCUCCAGAGGUGAGGGAGAGCUGGAUCUGUGGAGGAAUCCAGGGCUGAAUAAUAGACUCAAUCUGUAUCCUGAUGAAAUCGAGAUAAGCUGAAUGAGAACUGCUGGAUUUUCCUGCAAUUUAAAUCUCUUUUGACGGAGUUUAUUCCAAACAGUGUCCAGCUGUACGUUGUUUAACAGGAACCUCUGGGGUGGAGGAAAAAGCGGAGCAGAAGCUGGGAAAGGAAGUGAAACCUUUUUUUUCGGGCUGUCCUAGACUGCUUAAAGUGACACAUCUGGCAACUGAGUGCGGUAGGGUCGGGGUGGGGGGAGCGGAGGGGAAUGAAAACAACUGAACUUUCAAAGCAGGAGGAGCAAGCAGAUUCGAGAAAAAGUCUGACAGCAACAUGAGGAAAAGACUUGGUCAGGAGAGGGUGGAAAUGGCUAGGAUUUCACCCUUGCUGUGUACCUUCUCCCUAACCGUCCUUGGAUUGUGUUACCCAGCUACAGGCUCUGGGGAAAGCGGCGGAAUUUCUAUCAGAACAGAAGAUAAUGUUAUGGGGAAAUCUGCCAUCCUUGGAGUCAAGCAUCCAGUGAAAAGAGCGAACCUGGAGAAAGAGAACUGUCCCGCAGGCUUCUACAGCACAACUGAUGGAGAAUGUUUGCCAUGUAACUGCCAUGGACAUUCAGAACAGUGUCUUGCUGAUUCUGGAAUCUGCAUUAACUGUCAGAAUAAUACAACUGGGGAUCACUGUGAAAAAUGUCUUGAUGGAUAUAUUGGUGAUGUUGCCCAGGGUCAUCAUAAGUCUUGCCAGCCUUGUCCUUGCCCUCUGAGUUUACCUUCAAAUAAUUUUGCUAUUUCCUGUAAGGUUAAAGCUGAUAAAUUACGUUGCUUGUGUAAGGAAAAUUACGCCGGAACCAGAUGUGAAAGAUGUGCUCCUGGUUACUAUGGAACACCUAUACUCUAUGGAAGUAAUUGCAGAAAAUGUAACUGCAAUGGUAAUUCGGAUCCCAAUCUCAUAUUUGAUGACUGCAAUGAGGAAACUGGGCAUUGCCGUAAUUGUCUGAGAAAUACAACGGGCAUCCAUUGUGAACGCUGUGCACCAGGGUACUAUGGGGAUGCUGUCAUUGCUAAAAACUGCACAGAUUGUCUCUGUCAGAAAUGCGGCACAGAUGAAUGUGAUCAUGCUACCGGGCAAUGUCGCUGUAAGCCAGGAGUAUCAGGAGCCUUCUGUGACCAUUGUGAGAUUGGUUACUAUGGAUACAGCAGUUGUUCUGGAUGUUUGAGAUGUGAAUGUGCUCUGGCUUCUAAGGAUAAAUAUUGUGACCCUUUGAGUGGACGGUGUAGGUGCCUACCUGGAGUCACGGGAAGACGUUGUGAUCGGUGUCUGUAUGGGUUCUGGAACUAUGGACUAAAUGGGUGCCAGAGGUGCAAUUGUGAAGGGCAAUGUGACAGUGAGACAGGAGAAUGUCUGUCAGCGCCCACCGAAUCCCCAACUGACUGCUCUGUUGUCAGAUGUGACAAGUGUGUCUGGGACUUAAUUGAAGACCUAAAGUUAUCGGGAGUAUCAUUAGGAGAAGCUAGGUCGAGUGUUCUAAAUGUUAUUACUGGAGAUGCCAUUAAUGACCGCUUACAGGAAUUCAAUACCACAGCAAUUCACUUCAGUAUGCAGAUUGCAGACAUGAUAUCGCAAUCAGAAUCAAAGAAACUUCAGGCAGAAGACAUUGAAGCAGCUAUGACGGACCUUAUUGCUGAUCUCAACAUGCUGUCUAAGAAGGAAAACAUAACUACUUCAAAUGCACAGCUGUUUGACAAGGAAACUGCCAAUAUCAGUGAUCGUGCCAACCAGAUCAAUGGGCAAAUUGGUGAUAUUGCCAACUUGGUCCAAGAUAUUAUUGAAGGCCUAAAUAAAUAUGGAAAAGAAGAAGAACUGUCAGCUGAGGAAAUUAACAAAAGCUUUUAUGAGGCGAACCAGAUGUUGGAUGAGCUGAGAAACCGGGACUUUUCUGACCAAAAACCAUUGGCUGAAGAAGAAAGAGCAAAAGCCCGGAAUUUGUUAAAUCGUGUUCAUGGGUUUUAUAAUAAGCUGAUGGAAGCUAAUAACUCAAUUCGUAAAGUACAGGACAAUAUUACCAAAUACAAUAAUGAUAUCUUGGAUCUGAAGGAAGCACUUGAAGAUGCAAUCAAGACUGUGCAGGAGACAGAGGAGAAGAAUGAAAAUAACAUCAAAGGUUACCAAAGAAAAGAGAGACUACAAAAAGUAUUAAACAAACAUUUUGCUGCUGUUAAUAUGACCCUUCAAAUGGCUAGUAAUGGCUUGAUAGACACGGAAAUUGCUAUAUCCGAACUAGAAAAUAAGAUUACGAACUUGUCUACAUUCCAUGCCUCAAUAGAUGGUGCUCAAAUCCUACUGAGGGAUAAACUGACAAAUCUCUCUACAUAUGACAAGCCCCUGGUUCUCCGAGCUAUAGACUAUGCUGAACAGCUUCGCAAGCUUGCAUUAGAGUUGGCCAAUAUUUUGAAGAGUAUUGAUGCAAAUGGUAUUGUCCAGAAAGCUAUAAAUGCUUCAAAUGUCUACGACAAUAUUGUCCAAUAUAUAGCAGAGGCUGAAAAGAAUGCAACCACUUUACUCAACGCUGCACAGAGAGCUGAGGACGCUGUGGAAGGAAUUCAAACACAGAGCACAUGGCUCAGAAACAGCAGUGAGGUGCUUUUGAAGAAAGUGAGGGAACUAGAUGAAGCCAUGAAGGACAAUGAUGAGACUGCUUUUCAGGAUACCAGGCGCCACCUGGAUGCAGUAAUUGGCAAGAAAAAUUAUACAGUAAACCGUUUACAAAAUGCUGUAAACCAGUUGGCAUUGAUUGAGCCAACUAAUAGGAACCGGUUGAACCAAUCAAAGCUAAUUGCAGAAGAAGCAAAGGACACUGCUAACAUGGUUCUGCAGGCUGUCAAUGAUAUGGGCGAAUUUUUGAAAGGCUGGCCUCAGAAUAUAAGUGCCUCUGCUGAAGAUGGGACUGCAUUCAAGAAGACAGUGAGCUCAGCUGGUGACUCAGUGAAAAAUUUGACAGAAAUAGUUCCAAAACUCUUGGACAAACUUCGAAUUGUGGAACAGAAAAAGCCGGCCAGCAAUAUUUCUGCCAGCAUUCUGCGAAUUCGAGAACUCAUUGCACAGACACGCAAUGUGGCCAGCAAGGUUCAAAUCUCCAUGAAAUUUGAUGGGAAAUCCGCUGUGGAACUUCAUUCGAAAGCAAACUUGGAAGAGCUCAAGUCUUUUACUUCGUUGAGUUUGUUCAUGAGAGUUCCUUCAUUAAGUGAACAAGCACACGAUGCCAACAAAGACAGAUUCAUCAUGUACCUUGGAAACAAAAACGGAAGACAAGAUUACAUUGGUUUGAGUAUUAAAAAUGACAAUUUAGUUUAUGUCUACAAUCUUGGAAAUGGAGAUGUUGAAAUUCCUUUGAACUCAAAGCCUGUGAGCACCUGGCCAAACUACUUCAAUUUAAUCAAAGUAGAAAGAGUUGGAAGACAUGGAAAAAUACAGCUAACUGUACCCAGCCCAGGUAGCACAGAAGAGCAAAAAUUUAUCCAGAAAGGAGCAAGUGAAGGCAAUGAUUCUCUGCUAGAUCUAGAAGCUGAUAACUUGGUUUUCUAUGUGGGAGGAGUACCUCCACAUUUCCAGCUCCCUGCCAGCUUAAACUUUCCGGGCUUUGUUGGCUGUAUAGAACUGGCAACACUUAAUGAUGACAUAAUAAGCCUCUACAACUUCAAACGGACGUACAACCUGGACACAACAGUUGAGCGACCCUGUACAAGGUACAAACUUGCUUUUGCCCAGAGUAGAACAGCAAAUUUUUACUUUGAUGGCUCAGGCUAUGCUUUUGUACGUAACAUACAAAGGAGAGGGAAAUUCAACAUAGCAACUCGAUUCAAUCUAGACAUUCGCACGCCAGCUGACAAUGCCCUCCUGUUACUGAUGGUGAAAGGGAAUACGUUCUUCAGUAUGGAAAUGCAAAAUGGUUAUAUACGCUUGGUUUAUGACUUUGGAUUCAGCAAAGGCCCUGUUGUCCUUGAGGAUACUGAUAAGAAGAAACGUAUAAAUGAUGCAAAAUAUCAUGAGGUCUCAUUCAUUUACCACAACUACAAGAAGAUGAUCCUACUGAUUGACAGAAUCAAUGUAAAAAGCGUUGAAAAUGAAAAGAAGAGCAUGCGUUUUACAGACGUCUAUGUUGGUGGAGCUUCUGAUCAGGUCUUAUCAAGUCUGAAGUCCUAUGUAGCUACGGAUGCUGGAUUUCGAGGUUGUCUCAGGAGUUUCCAGUUCCAAAGACGUGACUUCAAUAUUCUAGAGGAAGAUGAGACAUUAGGGAUCAGCAAUGGUUGUCCAGAGGAGUCACUUAUGUCCCGCAUGGCCUAUUUCAAUGGACAGGGUUUCAUCUCUUCCAGUGAAAAGAUCACACCAUUUUCAAACUUCGAAGGAGGCUUCAAUUUUAGGACAUUUCAGUCCAAUGGAUUGCUUUUCUACUACAAUGAAGGACCUGAUAUCUUCUCCAUCUCCCUGGAUAAUGGUACUGUCAUUUUCAAAAUGAAAGAAACAACAAUGCAAUCAACAAAGAAGCAAUAUAAUGAUGGAUGGAAUCAUUUUAUUAGAGCAACUGUCUCUCCAUCAAGUUGUCAAUUAAUAGUGGAUGAUGAGGAUCAAACAACAAAUGAUUGUCCCACAGAAGAAUCAGUCCAUCCAAAAGGAAAAUUCUACUUUGGAGGCUCAGUCCAUGACCAAUAUGUUAACUUCACAGGCUGUAUCAGCAAUGCCUAUCUGAGCAGAACUGAAAAAGAUAUUUCAGUAGAAGAUUUCCAGACAUAUGCUGUUAAGGUGCAAACCUCUCUACAUGGGUGCCCAGCUGAAACGCAUCCAGCAGCAAUUAUUCAGAAACAUCAGAAGUAUGUUGCUAAAGCCAAGAGAGGUCGAGGUAGAAAGGUGAACAGUGGCACAGCAGAAUUACGAAAAGUUUCAGUAAUCCACAGUGGAAAGCCAGAAGGAAAUUACCUGCAUGAAGAGGCACACUGCUAUCUACCAACUAAUCCCAAGACAAUCCAAUAUGCCCAUCAAUAUGGCGGUAUUCCUAACAGUCGGCAGGAGAUUUUUGGAAUCCCUGAAUAUUUCAAUCGCAAAUCCCACUUCUCUGUCAGUAUCAGAACCACAUCUUCACAUGGACUUAUAUUUUAUGUGGCGAAUAAAAAAGAAGACCAGUUCAUGACACUUUUCAUCGCCCGUGGUCAUCUUAUUUACUCAUUCAGCAAUGGUCGUGAAAAAUUGAAAAUAAGAAGUUUAGAGAAAUAUAAUGAUGGUCUCUGGCACAAUGUUAUCUUCACACAUGAAAAUAAUAGAGGACGUUUAAUAAUAGAUGGUCUCUACACUCUAGAGGGUAGCCUCAUCAGUCCUGUUUAUCCAUGGAAUGUAACUGAGCCAUUUUAUGUGGGUGGUGUGCCAUUGGGAAAAGCUGCCAAAAACAUUCAGGUCAAGUCAAUCCAAAGUUUUAAUGGCUGUCUUCGGAACUUCCAGCUAAACAGCCGGCGGUUGCUACCCGCUAGUCAGACGUUUGGUGUUACACCUUGCUUCGAGGGUCCAACUGAAUCCGGAACAUACUUUUCCGCAGAAGGAGGAUAUGUGAUUUUGGAUGAUUCAUUCAAUUUAGGAUUACAGUUUGAGCUUGUUUUUGAAAUUCGUGCAAGAAAUCAUUCAGGAAUACUGUUACAUAUUCACAGUUACCAGCGGAAGUACCUGAAUCUCUACAUGGAAUUUGGACAGGUAAUAUUAAAAGUCAGCAAUGGAACUGCAGAGUUUAAAACAUCAGUGUCUUCAAAGCAAAGUCUGUGUGAUGGCCGAUGGCAUCGAGUAGCAGUUAUCAGAGCAUCAAAUGUUGUGCAGUUGGAUGUCGACUCUGAGGUGAAUCACUUAGUGGGACCAAUAAGUUCACACCCUUUCAAUACCAAGGAGCCAGUAUUUGUUGGAGGAGUGCCAGAGUCACUACUCAGCUCGAAACUAAGCAUGCGCCGCUCAUUCACUGGUUGCAUGAGAAACUUCAACAUCAAUGAAACACCUGUCAUUUUCUCCAAGGCUGCUCUGGUCAGUGGAGGAGUCAGCAUCAACUCAUGCCCUGCAGUUUAAUGCUUCCAAACUCUGCUUCUGCAAUCUUUACACAACUGCCUGAAAGAAAAUUGAGGCAAAAUCACAAUUUCACAUCUGGGGGCGCAGUAAUGCAUCUGAAUUGAAUCAAUGGUCAAGCUACAUCCUCCAUCUCAUUAAUUUUUCAGUUUGUCCAUGCAUUUCUUUUAUUUUAAUUUUUUUCUGACAGUUUGGAACCAAUAAAGUUACCUUUUGAGUUUGUCAUGAUCAGGCUUGAAAGUACUACAAAUGCAAAUUUAUGUCAUCAAAGACUCAAAAUGUUAAUUUCAGAUACUGAACAUGAGAUUGCAAGGUUGAUUUGCUAAUAAUACCAAUAACUAAUGCCAGUGAUAAUGAUGUGACUUUGCUGUAAGAAAGACAAGCAGUGGCUCAGAUUAAUUUCUCUUUAACCCCAUUAAGUCUUCACACACAACCAUUUAUAGGUAUGGAGAGAGUAGGAACUGCUGAUGCUGGAGAAUCUGAGAUAAUACGGUGUGGAGCUGGAGGAACACAGCAGACCAGGCAGUUAAGAGGAGCAGGAAAGCUGACAUUUCGGGUCAGGACCCUUCUUCAGAAAUUGGAAAAUUUACACUACUUCAGCAGCCACUCAUAAAAUGCUCAAUAAAGUCCAUCAAGGCCUAUAUCAGCCUUUAAUACUUCUCUCAAUACCCUUUCCCACGUGAUCGUAGCUCCUUAACGUUUAUUGAUUUCUAACUUUUUUCUCUGCCUUUCAUAGAAAUGAUUAAUACAAAAGAUCCACUUUUCCUAUUUUUUUGUCAGCAUUUGCUUUGCUUUUAUACUCUAUGCAAACCUCUGACCUGCCAGUCAAAUUUGCAGAAUUCUGCAAUUUGUUUUUCUCCAGUUGAUAGUAUCUUGUUAAUAAUCGAUGUGUCAUUCCCCAAGAGAUUUCUUUUCUCAUUGAGGUAUGUCUUUGCUGAGUAUUAUGAAAUAUCUGUCUAAAUGUCUGUCACUGCAUCUAAAUUGAUGUAUAUUUUAAAUUACUCAAAUAAAAGCAAAGUACUGUGGAUCCUGGAAAUCAGAAAUGAAAGCAGUGCAGGAGAAACUCAGUGGGUCUGGCAGCAUUGGUGAAGGCAGCGCAGAUAACAUGGAGUCCAAUGACUUCUUCAGGUUCAAAACAUCAUCUCUGUUUUUCUGUUCACAAAUGCUGCCAGACCUGCUUAGUUUCUCCAGCAGUUCCUAUUAUUAUUACUUUAAAUAUUAACCUCAUUUUCCAGUUCACGCUCUUCAUACUGUCAUAAUUUAAUUUUUAAAAAACACCAUUCUGAGACGCACUCUUCUUUCCCUUAAACUGAUCAGAAAUUUAAUCUCAUUAUGAUCACUAUUAACUAGGGUCAUCUUUAUAUGGGAUCAUUAAUUCCAUUCUAUGUGCAUUAGACUAAUUGGAUAACUCUUUGAAUAUUAAUGUUGAUCUAUUUUACAAGAGACAGCUAGAUUAAUGCAAAAAUUACAACUCGAGAUUCAUUCCAGUUACAACUCUAAUUUUUUAAUCAUAGAAUCCCUACAGUGUGGAAACAGGCCCUUUGGCCCAACAAGUCCACACCAACCCAUCCCCCUAAUGUUUACAUCCCUCAACAUUACCGGCAAUAUAGCAUGGCCAAUCCACCUAACCUGCACAUCUUUGAACUGUGGGAGGCAACUGGAGUACCCGGAGGAAAUCUAUGUAGACACAGGGAGAAUGUGCAAACUCUACACAGACAGUUACCCAACGGCAGAAUUGAACCCAGAUCCUUGGUGCUGUGAGACAGCAGUGCUAACCACUUAGCCACUGUGCUCAGUUAAACUAUCACAGAAUUAACAGGUAUUUGGGACCAAAAUGUUACGUUAACUUAUAUCGUUAUCAUCCUUUGCAUAAAUUGAGUAAAAAAGACCCCUUAUUUUGUCACAGUUGACAUUCAGUUGCAAUUUUAAAUAUCAAAGCUAGAGGGGGUUCAAGUACGUUUUACUCAAAGCUUUUGUGCUCCUGAGAUGCUGCUUGGCCUGCUGUGUUCAUCCAGCUUCACACUUUAUUAUCUUGCCUUCCGUUCUGUCACGAAUUAACACGAAGCAGAAUGCUGCAGGGACCUCUCGUGGUGGUAAUGUGAUAUGGCAUUGUUACUAUUUUUCCAUUGGUGCAUUUAAGAUUAAAAUGUAUUUUGUCGGGAAGGGGGGAAGCACUCAAAAAUAAGCUCAAAACGGUAAAGCGUUGAUAUUCAAGCUUUCAAAAUUGCAUUAAACUCAGUUUACAUUUACAUUUUUGGAUCAUGUUUUCACCUUGCUCAUCUCUGCUAGAGGUGCACUGAACAUAGUCACUAGUGCACCUGGAGUAGAAAUGUCAUGGAAAACGAGACCAGGAGCCUGAUGGAUGCAUAGUAAAUGGUAAUGUUUGCUACUUCUCCAAAUACAGCCAAGAUUAAUAUGGGAAUUCCAGCUGUUUGUUGUUUAUUGACAGCAGAAACUAUUUUCUUGUUCAAAUAAUAUCAGUCACAUAGCCUAACAACAAGCUUCAGUGAAAUGUUUGAUAUUUGAAAUGAUGACUUCUGUAUAAAAAUUAUCAGAGGCUUUUUUAAAAUAAUAACAAUAUCUUUAUGUUGCAGACUGGGAAUUUAUUCAAAUAGAGAAUUUAUAAUAAAAGACAGCCGAAAAUUGAUUGGUUGGCCCUUUAACAAUUGUACUUACAACAAGCUCCCUCAACCAUAUGCUUAAUUUUGGAUAUACAGCUUAUUAUUGUAAACUCAUGGAUGUUGUUCAUUCAGUAUACAACCAUACAUAGUGACAGAUGUGGGACUAAACAUUGUAUUGGUCAAAUAAUCAAUUCAUAGCAAUUCAUUGCCGUGCUUUUAGGGUACAAAGUAAAAAAUCAAUCAGAAUGAAAAAAUAUCAAAUAGGAAAACAUGGAAUAAAUAAAUCCAAGAAAUAGUAGCUUUCAUUCUCCCAGCUCACCAACUUGUCUAAACAUUGGCAUUGUUAGUACAGUAAUCUAAUAUGAUAGCACCACACGAGGUUCAAGUGUAGGCGGGCUGCAUUGAAGUCACAGUUUUGCUUCUUGUGAGAAUUCUUUACUUUCAGUGUGCAUGUUUCACCCUUGCCACAGCCAUGUAAUUAAAAUGAGCUUGUCAGUAACAAACUGAUCCACUGGGGAAGUAACUGUCAGAAUAAGAGACAUCAAAAACUAAUGCUGCUGCAAUGGGAAGUCUAGCACACAAGCAGAUAAACACAAUGGAAAUAUGAUGCUGGUAUUGAGACCCACAUAUGAGAAUAACAGAUACUUCAAGUUUUAGUGACAACACCAAUCUCAAAAAACAACAGGAUUCUCCAUAAUGAUCAUUCAAUUUUACUGCACUAUUGUAAAAGUAACUCAAGUAAGCAUUACUGCACCUCCUUCCAUCACCUUCUGCCUGUAACUGUUAAGAUGUGCACAUUGAUAUUCCAGUUGGCUUUUCUUUGUGCUUAGUGGAAUUAUAUUUGGGCACCUGGCAAAUAUACAUACAUCCACAGUUAUGCUUUGAAUGUUGUUUCAUUGUACGUUUUUACAACAUCAAUCUAAUAAAUUGCAGGAUCUGAUUUGCAAA